AUGUUCUACGCACGCCUUGGUCAGUUUCUUAGAAAGUCAAAUAAGCUAAGUUGUCGGAUAUUUGGUACUGUAAGAUGUCAACAUAAAAGCGCUGCCGAGCCGUUCCUAAACGGCGCAUCUUCAAAUUAUAUUGAAGAUAUUUAUGCGGCUUGGUUAAAAGAUCCUAAUUCUGUUCACAAGUCAUGGGAUGUUUACUUUCGUGGCGUAUCUAGUGGAGCAUCCCUAGGGGCCGCCUACACACCUCCACCUACUCUUGGAUUUGAACAAUUUGGAGUAAAAUUUGUAACCCCUUUGGAAACAGCGGUACCAACCGGAGUAAGCGCAAAGACCAUCCAGGAUCACUUAACAGUUCAAAUGAUAAUUCGUUCAUAUCAGCUCCGUGGUCACUUAGCUGCCAAGUUGGAUCCACUUAACAUCAAGUCUUCCAUUGAAUCUACUCGCGACAUUGUUUAUGGUCGUUAUCUUGGCGAAAUCGUUGCCCCUGAUUUGAAUAAAACCUUUCGUCUACCACUCACUACUCACAUUGGAGGUGAUCAGGUCGAGCUGCCAUUUCGUGAAAUCAUUAAGCGCCUAGAGGAUGCCUACUGUCAAUCAAUUGGUGUCGACUACAUGUUUAUAAAUGAUCUUAAAAAGUGCGACUGGUUGCGUCGGCAUUUUGAGACGCCGGGCGUUACUAAGUUAUCAGCUGAGGAAAGGAAACUCCUCCUGUAUCGUCUCACUCAUGCGUGUAAGUUCGAAGAAUAUCUUGCAAAGAAGUGGAGCUCAGAGAAACGUUUCGGUGUUGAGGGAUGUGAGGUCUUAAUACCUGCAAUGAAGACUAUCAUUGACGAAUCUGUGGAGAGAGGUGUUGAGAGUUUCGUAAUCGGCAUGCCACACCGUGGUCGCUUGAAUGUACUGGCAAACGUUUGCCACAAACCUUUGUCCGAAAUCUUCUGUCAGUUUGAUCCAAGCCUUAAGGCGGCUGAUGAGGGCAGUGGUGAUGUGAAGUACCAUCUAGGCAUGAGUCAACAUUGGAUCAACAGUAAAACGGGGAAGAAAUUUAACAUUGCUGUCUGUGCUAAUCCAAGCCAUUUGGAAGCGGUGGAUCCUGUCGUUCAGGGUAAAACAAGGGCUGAACAGUUCUACCGCAAAGAUGAGGAGGGCAAACAGGUGAUGUCCAUUUUGCUCCAUGGUGAUGCCUCCUUUGCCGGUCAGGGCAUCGUUUACGAAACUAUCCAUCUCAGCAAUCUCCCUUCCUAUACUACCAAGGGCACUAUUCACAUUGUUGUCAAUAAUCAGAUUGGCUUUACAACGGAUCCACGAAUGUCGCGCAGUUCAGAGCACUGCACUGAUGUGGCGCGGGUCACUGAUUCGCCCAUCUUCCAUGUAAACGCCGACGACCCCGACGCCGUGGUGCACGUGGCCCGUGUGGCCGCCGAGUGGCGUGCCACCUUCGGCCAUGAUGUCGUCAUCGACCUCGUGGGCUACCGGCGCUUCGGGCAUAACGAGACCGAUGAGCCCAUGUUCACCCAGCCCCUCAUGUACAAGCGCAUCCGACAGAUGCCUACCGUUCUUGAGAAGUACUCCAAACAGCUCCUUGCAGAGGGCAUCAUCACGGAACAGGAAUUUAAGGAUGUAAUCGAGGCAUAUCACAAGCAAUGUGACGACGCCUAUACCGAGGCCAAGGCUCAGACGGUUACUUACAACCGUGCUUGGAUCGACUCUCCUUGGGAAAAUUUCUUCGACAACCGCGACCCCAUGAACCUUCCCUCUACCGGUGUUGAUGAAUCACAGUUGAAUCAUAUUGGGGAAAUCGUGAGUGGCUAUCCGGCGAACUUUGUGGUUCAUCCCGGUCUGAAGCGUGUGCUAAAAGGUCGUGCGGAGCUGGUGAAGAAUCGUUUGGCGGACUGGGCGUUGGGCGAGUUUCUCGCCUACGGCUCUCUCCUCAUGUCUGGCAACCACGUCCGUGUCUCCGGUCAAGAUGUAGAACGCGGCACCUUUUCGCAUCGACAUGCCGUCCUCCAUCAUCAGGAUAUUGACAAGUCGGUCUACGUACCACUGGAGCACCUCUCAUCCGACCAAGCGCGCUUCACCAUCUGUAACAGCUCCCUCUCAGAGUAUGCAGUGAUGGGCUUCGAGAUGGGCUACUCUCUCACGAAUCCUAACUCUCUUGUUAUUUGGGAGGCCCAAUUCGGGGAUUUCGCUAACGGCGCCCAGAGCAUCAUCGAUCUGUUCGUCUCGAGUGGUCAGCAGAAGUGGGUGCGUCAGUCUAAUCUUGUUCUCUUCCUUCCUCACGGCAUGGAGGGCAUGGGCCCUGAACACUCCAGUGGUCGCAUGGAACGCUUCCUUCAACUCUCCAACGAUGAUGAAUGUUACAUUCCUGUGUUCAAGGAGAAUUUCUCGCAAGAGCAACUUUUUGAAACCAACUGGAUCAUUGUCAACAGUACUACACCAGCCAACAUGUUCCACGUCUUGCGCCGACAAAUUCUUUUGCCUUUCCGUAGACCAUUAGUCGUUUUCACGCCCAAGUCACUGCUGCGCCACCCGGACGCCCGCUCCUCAUUCGACGAAAUGCUGCCUGGCACCAGCUUCCAACGCCUCAUUCCCGAGGCCGGUCUCGCUCGGGAGGCUCCUGAGAGUGUCAAGAAGCUCAUUUUCUGCUCUGGAAAGGUCUACUACGAAAUUAGAAAGCACAUAGAUUCGGCGGAUCUCACUAGGGAGAUAGCUGUGGCACGCGUAGAGCAGUUAACGCCACUUCCCUACGACCUGAUCAAGGAGGAGUUAGAGCGCUACCCUAACGCCGUGGUGCAGUGGGUACAGGAGGAGCACCGGAACCAGGGCGCAUGGACCUACGUGCGACCGCGUAUAGAGCAUCUCAUUCAGCGUGAGCUCCCAAACCGUGUGCAUACUAAGCUCCUGUAUGCGGGACGUCCUGCGAGUGCUGCCCCAGCCGCUGGUCGCAAGGCUAUCCACCUGAUGGAGAGUUCACACAUCUUCAAGGCCGUUUUGCAGACAAAGUAA